AUGCAAGAGUUACGCCAUAGAAUGCAAGACUUAGAGCGCCGGUUAGCAGACAGAGAACGCGACCAGCGCACCCCGGAACAGAGUCACUCACGCUCUCGCUCCAGGAGCCGCUCCCAGCGCACACCUAGCCCUCAGGGCGAGUCAGAAAGCACCGGGGAAAGAGGGCGCGCGAGAAGGCGCCAUGACCCCGUCAUUUACGCCAGGUACGAAGGGCGGCGUACCACAAACCGAGAGGACGAAUACGCUCGUCCGGCGAAGGGCGAAGAGAGAACGAACACCCGGGGACACGUGAUAAUAGGGGCCACCCCAUUCCACCGCUCCAUACUCGAGGUCCGGCUCAUUUUGACAUUUGACAAGCCAACGGACAUGAGGUAUGAUGGAACGCAGGAUCCCCUGGAGCAUCUAACGGCCUUCGAGGCCAGGAUGAACUUAGAAGGAGUAGGAGAUGAGGUAAGAUGUCGCGCCUUCCCGGUUACUCUGGCGGGGCCUGCAAUACGGAUCGCAAAAGCCAAGCACCCGAUCAAUCUGCUAGGGGUGACCCAAAGAGCCGGGGAGCCGACCCAGAAAUACUUGGACCGUUUCAACGACGAGUGCUUGGAAAUUGACGGUUUGACAGACUCGGUGGCGAGUUUAUGCUUGACGAAUGGGCUCCUGAAUGAGGACUUCAGGAAGCACCUUACUACAAAGCCAGUCUGGACAAUGCAGGAGAUCCAGUGCGUGGCUAAGGAGUAUAUCAACGACGAGGAAGAAUUCACCAAUUACACCCCCCUCACGGCACCGAUCACGGAAGUCUACCAACAGAUAGCAGAGAAGGGGAUACUGACGAAACCCCGACCUCUGAAGGGCAGGACGGGUGGAGACAAGAGCCUCUACUGCGAAUAUCAUAAGGGAUACGGACACAAAACCCAAGACUGCUUCGACCUAAAGGACGCCCUGGAGCAGGCAAUUAGGGACGGAAAACUUGCCGAUUUCUCCCACCUUAUAAGGGAGCCGAGGAGACGCAAUCGGGAUCAUGAAGGCGAAGACAACUCCCGGGCGGCAAGACAACGCCGAGAACCAGAGAGGGACGACCACGGUCUCACGGUGGUGAACGUAGUAACAGCGAGAAACUCCGCCCCAAGGUCGAAAUCAGCACAGAAAAAAGACGCCAAGGUCCUUGCAGUCUCCUCCUCGUCCGCCAGAAGUUCUCGGGUACUCCCAUCCAUUUCCUUUGGCCCCGGAGACCAAUGA